UAACAUUCAAAGUUAUAAAACUGGCCAAUCACAGUUGUUCCAAUCUUUAGAAAAAAUACACUUUAUUGGCCAGUUUCAUAUUAUUAAACCCGAUUAAUAGUACCGUGUGAUAGCUAUCAGUCAGUCAGUCAGUGCUUUGUGUGCGACGACGAAACGUCUCGCAAGGAAUGUAACAAAUUACAACAUUCCACUAAACAAAAGGAAUAAAUAAAAAGAGUUUUUAAAAGUCUUCUAAAACUUUAUUUAUGUAAAUAAAUUUACGAAAUAGUGAAAAUAAAGAAAAUUAUAUAAAAAAGCAAAAAUUUCAUGUUUCUUCAUUGCACACAUUGCGGAGCAUAUAUUUCGAUGAACGAAGUGUUUUGGAAAGGUCUCGAGAUAAGCUACAAGAAUAUACAAUAAAAAACUGCAUACUGCACACGGAUACGAAAAGUAUUUCGAUUGACAUUGUUUACAACUAAGGCUUUUCUUCUAUUCCACUUUGUUUUCUUACAAUCUGAAGAUGACAACAAAUAAGUUGACAGCAGAUAUGAUAUCCAUUCUGUUUUCACUUAUACUUAUUAUGACAUGCUCAGAGGGGAAAUCGCAAUUCUCGCUAGACAUGUUUCUUCAGGGCGAUAUUCUAAAUUUUCUACAUACUAAGGAUCCUGGUUUAGUGAGAGUAAGAAGAAUGGAUGCAAACAAAAGAAUGAUGAACAAUACAGUAUUGGAUUUCAUUGGCAUGGUAGAACAAUAUGGUUAUCCUGCUGAAGAACACAAUGUUACAACAGAGGAUGGUUAUAAUUUGAUAAUACAUAGGAUACCCAGAAGUCCAUUACUGGAUAACAAUGUAAAAAAGGAAAUUGUAUUCUUUGAACAUGGUCUUACGGCUUCAUCUGAUACCUGGGUAUUUUAUGGUCCGAAAAAAGAUCUUGCAUUUCUAUUGGCAGAUCAAGGAUACGAUGUAUGGAUCGGUAAUAUGAGAGGAAAUACUUAUUGUAGAUCGCAUGUAAAUUUGACGACAAACGAUCGCAAAUUCUGGCAGUAUAGUUAUCACGAGGUUGGAACAAAAGAUCUACCAGCUAUAUUCGAAUAUGUCUUUAGAUAUACAGACCAAAAAGAUUUAUACUAUAUCGGUCAUUCAAUGGGAACUACUUCAUUAUUUGCCCUUCUAUCAACAAAACCGGAAUACAAUGAAAAAAUAAAAAUGGCCAUUUGUCUCUCUCCAGUUGUUAUUUGGAUGGAAACAUUACGUAUAACAUACGAACUUGUUCAGAUCUUGCCAGUAUUAAAGCCAUUUCUAGAAAAGCAUAAAAUAUACGAUGUUUUUCCACAAUCGUUAACAACGCUUAUGUUAGCAAAAUUAAUUAAUGAUAAUGUGAUAACUCAGAGUAUUGUCAUCACUAUAAUAUUUUCAAUCGCCGGUGCGGAUCUAGCUCAACUUAAUAUUACAAGCUUGCCAGAACUGAUUUCUCAUUGUCCAGCUGGUAGUUCUGUACAAGCAUUUGAGCAUUAUUACCAAAAUAUUCUCACGAAAAAUUUUCGACAAUAUGAUUAUGGAAUGGAUGAAAAUUAUAGACGAUAUCAACAGAAAACUCCCCCAGAAUAUAAUCUUAAAAAGGUUACUGCUCCUAUCGUUUUGUUUUAUGCAGAAAAUGAUUUUCUUGUUUCAAAACAGAAUGUGUAUGAACUUAGCAAACGCUUACCAAACGUUCUUCUAACGGAAAAAGUUCCAUAUAAAUUCUUCAACCACUUGGAUUACGUUAUUGCAAUCGACGCUAAAACUCUUUUAUACGAUCGUAUAUUAGAAUUAAUACAAAAGUUUGAUACUAAUCAAAAUAUAUCUUUAAAAUAAAUUAAAUUAAAAGAUAUAAAUUUUUUUCUUACUCUACGUUGUAAUUUUAAAUGUUGAUAAUAAAGACCACUGAAAAUCA